AUGACAACUUUUCAUACUCAACUUAUUUAUGCUUUAGGGAAUAAAACAAAAGUGCUUUCAGAAUUAAAAAAGGUAUUUGUUCGUCCUUUAAUACAAAUAGCUAUAAAAGCAAUAAAUCAAGAAUAUAUAGAAGAAGGAAUAUUGGAUAGAAUAAGUCAAAAGUAUAAUGUGCCAGUAGAAAUUGUGGAUGAAUAUUAUUCAGUUAUUUUCAUCAUAUUAAAAACUCACCUAAGCACAUUGUCACAAAAUGUUAAACCUACAGAAUUUAAACAGAUAUUAGAAGAACUGAGAUUAUCUUCAGAAUGUAUUGAUGAUCUCUCCGUAGUUGUAUAUGGUCAAAAACGUCCAGAAUUAAUAUCAGGAUUAAUACAGAAAACAAAAUUUUAUCCACACUUAGUAUCUUGCAAAUGGCGCAUAGAUAUUACUAUUUCCUCUAGCAUAUUGAAUAGGGUCUUAGAACCACAUAUCAUAAUGGAAUGGACAUUUAACAAUGGGAAACGUCAGAUAUUUGAAUUAUCUUUAUCAAAGUUUCAUCAACUAAGACAUGCAAUAGCAACAGUUCUUGUAGAAAUGCAAAAAGUUGAAAAACAAUGUGCUUCCAAAAAUAUUAUAUGUAGCUGA